GUCUUAGGACGGAUACCUCGUUCGGUGGAUCUCUGGAUCUCUGUAUCCUGUCCGAUCUCUUACCUUGAGCUUGGCAUAUCCGUCUCUCGUUUAGGGACGUUGUAUGGACUGCAUCAUCGAAAGAGCAGAUACUUUCUCUCUAUUCUUCAACAUUCGAUUCUCUCAUAAUCUUUUUUUAUCAAUAUUCGGUACUUUUCGCUUUUCGCUUUUCGCUAUCACGGAUCGGUUUUCAUUCUUGGUUCGGCAAACACACGGGAACACAACAAAAGUUAUUUGCUUUUUUUCAAUUGCUCUCUCUCUCGUGAGCAUACUUACGAAUUCCCUUUAUGGACAAGUUCAUCUUUUUUACGCUUUACGGCCUCUCAACUCUUGCUGUGCUCUUCUUUUUUUUUUUUUUUCUCUUCUUUUAUAUCUUCUUUAUUAUCUUCGACCAAUGUUUCUUUCCUUUUCUUUUACUAUGCUUUUCUUCAUCAUCGAUACAACCAGCGGCGGAGUGAAUUACACCUGGAGUCAAAACGAAUCGGAGUGGGAGUGGGAGCGGAUGGAGUUUUACAUUAUUUUCUUUUGCACCAUCAUAUUGCUGCUUCAGCUUCAGCUUCGCUCAUCAUACUUAUACCCAUCGCAUAUUGCUCAUCACUCAUGAGUCUCUUGUCUCCACUAGUUUUCAAAUUCUACCCGACGGUGAGGGCAUGCCUUUCGUGGCCUUUAUCAUAUUUUUUUUAUUUUUCUUUUAUUUACAUUUUUUUUUCUUUUCCAUCUCAUGUCUUCUUUGCAUGUCAUGCUAUCACUGGCUUUCAUCUACCUGUAGGGUUCCUGGCAUGAACAGCUUC